AUGGCAUCUGAUUCCAACGCCACCAACACGCUCCUAGCCAUUUGCUACAACCGCGGUUCUCUUCAGCUUCUCGAUCAGAGGAAGCUACCUUUAGAAAGCGUUUACUUGGAAAUUCGGGAUUCAAAUGAUGGCUGGAAUGCUAUACGAGAUAUGGUGGUCCGAGGAGCACCUGCUAUUGCGAUUGCAGCAGCACUCUCUCUGGCUGUGGAGGUAUCCAAUUUAGAUGAUUUCAAUGGAACUACUGAUGACGCUGUAUACUUCCUGCAGAAGAAGUUGGACUAUCUUGUCUCAAGUCGGCCCACUGCAGUGAACUUGUCAGAUGCUGCGACAAAGCUCAAAGAAAUCAUAUUGAAAUCUGCUGCUACAACUUCAGAGGCUAGGGGUGUUUUUCAGGCUUAUGUAGAAGCUUCCGAAAUAAUGCUUGAAGACGAUGUCGCAUCGAACAAAGCAAUUGGGACUUAUGGAGCUAAGUUUAUUAAAAACCAUACAGGGAAACAAAAGCUUUCUGUUUUGACCCAUUGCAACACUGGAAGUUUAGCCACAGCUGGAUAUGGUACUGCUCUUGGUGUAAUCCGUGCACUUAACAGUGGAGGAAUUUUAGAAAGGGCUUAUUGUACGGAAACACGCCCAUUCAAUCAAGGAUCCAGACUUACUGCCUAUGAGUUGGUACAUGAAAAAAUACCAGCAACUCUCAUAGCAGAUUCGGCCGCAGCUGCACUAAUGCAAGCAGGACGUGUGGAUGCUGUUGUUGUUGGCGCAGAUCGUGUUGCAUCGAAUGGUGACACAGCCAACAAAAUCGGAACCUAUAGUGUUGCCUUAUGUGCCAAGUUUCAUAAUGUACCUUUUUAUGUUGCUGCACCCUUGACUUCCAUUGAUCUAUCACUUUCUUCUGGGCAACAAAUUGUUAUUGAGGAGAGAUCUCCGAAGGAGUUGUUGAACUCACGCGGUGGACUUGGAGAGCAAGUUGCCGCCUCAGGAAUAUCUGUGUGGAAUCCGGCAUUUGAUGUUACACCAGCUAAUCUAAUUUCUGGGAUCAUCACUGAGAAGGGUGUCAUUACAAAAACUACUGCUGGUGAUGCUUUUGACAUAAAAGCUUUCGUACAGAAAACAGCUUAA